AUCUCAGGGCGGGUCAAAGGAGGCGCGGUCUCCGAAGCUCAUGGCGGGGUUGUUACUAGUUCCUGGCCGAAUUUUGCGGCCUCCGGGUGGCCAACUUUGGCGUCUCUUGCCUCGUGGACACGGGCUUUGGGGCCCGGCCCAGGGAACCGCGAGAGUCUUGCUGAGGCAAUGCUGCGUGCGGCAAGAGAAGGUGUGGCGGGCCGUGGGGCUCGCUGGCAGGUGCCUGGGAAGCCGGCCUCUCAGCACGGCGACGCCACCGCCCCCGGGGUCGUCGGGGCCGGAGCAGAAGGGCCACAGAGACCCGACGCACCCCUCGAAGCCCGGACCUGUUUCCUGGAAGUCUUUAGCAAUCACAUUUGCUAUUGGAGGAGCUUUAUUGGCUGGUAUGAAGUUCUUCAAGAAAGAAAAGAUGGAAAAGCUAGAAAAGGAACGGCAGCGAAGCAUCGGAAAGCCUUUACUUGGGGGACCAUUUUCUCUCACAACUCAUACUGGAGAACCUAAAACUGACAAGGACUACCUGGGUCAGUGGGUACUGAUUUAUUUUGGUUUCACUCAUUGCCCUGACAUCUGUCCAGAAGAACUAGAAAAAAUGAUUCAAGUCGUGGAUGAAAUAGAUGGUAUUCCAUCUCUGCCAAAUUUAACUCCGCUUUUCAUCACCAUUGACCCAGAGAGGGACACAAAAGAAACCAUUGCAAAUUAUGUGAAAGAAUUUUCUCCCAAACUGAUCGGCUUAACUGGCACAAAAGAAGAAAUCGAUCAAGUGGCCCGAGCAUACAGGGUGUAUUAUAGCCCUGGUCCCAAGGACGAAGAUGAGGACUAUAUAGUGGAUCAUACAAUAAUAAUGUACUUGAUUGGACCAGAUGGUGAGUUUCUAGAUUAUUUUGGCCAGAACAAGAGGAAUGCAGAAAUAGCUGGUUCAAUUGCUGCACACAUGUGGGCACACAGGAAGAAGAGCUAGCCAAAGCCACGCUGCCGGAAGCAGUAUUCUCUUGCUGAAGAGGAAGGAAGCUUUGUCUCCCUUAGGGGCCAAUAUAUACAUGCAACCUACAGAAUGACCUGUGUACCACGAGAACAUCUCCAUUCUGGAUGGGAUGUUACCCUUGGGUUCAACCAAAAUAGUUCUUGGAAAUGUAAAGAUGACAACCUGAAGUCUUUCAAGUAGCUGCGGUGAGACCAGAAGACCAAGAUAAAGUGCAGCCAGUGAAGAGCGGACCUGGUGGAAGGAUGCAGCAGGGAGAGGCACAGCCAGUGUGUCUCACCUCGUGAACGGACCCUCCAAGCAGCUCUGCUCUCCAGCAUCUUCAACCCCUGACAUACAGGUUGUGGGACUGAAUUUUGCGGAAAAGAGUGAUUUCCAUGGCACUUUUGCUUUCCGCUUGAAUUCUUUGGUCGCUGAUAACAGUCUAAUUAGGUUCUCUACCAUUCACAGUUAAUCUUCACACUUGAAAGCAUAAGUUUAGUCUUCCUUGUUAAUGAAUAUCACUGUCAGGUUUGCCUUUGAUUGCCCUGUCAGCAGGUGGCAGUUUGACUAAUGAAGAGGGUAUCUAUUUGGAGAAAACCUUUAGUCCAACUUUUCUAGGGGUCUUUGUUAUGAGUUUUAGCUAAAUGAUGUGCCAAGUUUUCAAUGACAUGCCAAGUGGAAGUAAGAGGAUAUUGAUCAUGAGUGUGAUACAGAGUACUUUUCUGCAUAUACAAGAUUGCACUGCGUGUAAAAUAAAGGUGAUUGAGUCUUGCAA